AUGGCUGCCUACCCCCAGGACACCAAGGCGGUGAACGCCCACCCUCACGCUGCUCCUGUCGAGGUCGAGAAGCCUCUUGACGCACAGAAAGAGUAUGUCGUCGACGAGGAAGGCCGCGCCGUCCCUAUCGAUUACUCUGGUGCUCAUGCCAAAACCGACCCUGAGGAAAUCCGUUUGGUCAAGAAGCUCGACCGCUGGAUCAUGCCCACCCUGUGGAUCAUGUACUGGUUGAACUAUCUUGAUCGAAAUGCCAUUGCAUUGGCUCGUCUCAAUAACUUGGAGGACGAUCUCGGCCUCAGCUCCACUGAGUACCAAACCUGCGUGUCUAUUCUCUUCGUCGGCUAUCUCAUCGGCCAAGUCCCCUCCAACAUGAUCUUAACUCGCGUCAAACCUUCCUAUUAUAUGUCUGGUUUUAUGGCGCUAUGGGCUGUUGUGAGCACACUCACGGCGGUCGCAAAAGACUAUAAGGGCCUGUUGCUCACGAGGUUCUUCCUCGGUGUAACUGAGGCGCCUUACUACCCAGGGGCCCUCUUCAUGCUAUCGUGCUUCUAUACGCGCAAGGAGAUCGCCACUCGCAUCUCGAUCCUUUACACCGGUAACAUCCUGGCGACCGCCUUCGCUGGUCUCAUCGCUUUGGGCAUUUUUGAAAUGGAUGGUGUAGCUGGACAAGCAGGAUGGCGUUGGUUGUUCAUUAUACAGGGCAUCGCAACCUUUGUUGUCGCCAUUGGAGCCGUUUUCACUCUUCCAGACCACCCGCUCACCACCAGAUGGCUCACUCCAGAAGAGCGUCAAUUGGCCCAUGACCGCAUUGAGCGCGACACCGUGGGAGGCAAAGCCGGUACCUCAUCAGUUAAGGGUCUCCUCGAAGCUGCCAAGGACCCAAAGUUGUGGCUGUUCGCCUUCAUGCAACAUAUGCAUCUUGCUGCCAACGGAUUCAAGAAUUUCUUCCCAACUGCCGUCGAGACUCUGGGCUUCAACCGCACCAUUACUCUCGUCCUGACCUGCCCACCAUAUCUCAUUGCAGGAUUUAUCUCCGUCUUCUGGUCUGCUUCAUCCGGUAAAUUCAACGAGCGAACAUGGCAUAUCACCGUGGCCAAGGCCAUCGCCAUUUUCGGUUUCGUCUUGGGCUGUGCUACACUCAACACCGGGGCCAGAUAUUUCGCCAUGGUUGUAUUCGCCAUCGGAACCUAUGCAGUCAACUCCAUCAUUCUCGGCUGGGUCGGCUCGACCUGUGGACAGACCAAGGAGAAGAAAGCAUGCUCUCUCGCCAUCGUCAACACCAUUGCCAACGCAUCAUUUGUCUGGACUCCUUAUCUCUGGCCAAAGACAGAUGCUCCACGCUAUACCAUUGCUAUGAGUUCGUCGGCAGGUUUCUCCAUCGCCACGGCCCUCGCCGCCUGGGUCAUGAAGGGCUGGCUCAUCCGCACAAACAAGAAGAUCCGCCAGAGCUCUGAUGAAACUACUUUGUUCUACGCUUACUAG